GCAACCUUCUGUUGUACAACUUACUUCUUUCACUUGGGCCGAUAGAUUUCCAGUGAAAUGGCUGCACUAAUCAGGAGGAUUAUCAACACAGCUAAAGCUCCUGCUGCUAUCGGUCCGUACAGCCAAGCAGUGGUGGUGGAUCGAACCAUGUAUAUUUCAGGACAGCUGGGAAUGGACCCUGCCAGUGGACAGCUGGUGGAAGGUGGUGUUCAAGCUCAAACCAGACAGGCUCUGGUGAAUAUGGGUGAAAUACUCAAGGCUGCUGGGUGUGGUUACACCAACGUUGUCAAAACCACAGUGCUCUUAGCCGAUAUGAACGACUUCACCAGUGUCAAUGAUGUCUACAAGCAAUUCUUUAGCACCAACUUCCCAGCCAGGGCUGCCUAUCAGGUCGCUGCUCUCCCUCGAGGUGGACUGGUUGAAAUUGAAGCAAUUGCUGUUUUGGGCCCUCUGACCGGCACUUCCUAACAAGUACAUUAAACAAGCAAAAACUAGAAAGAGCUAAAACCACUGAAAAGUGUGAAACUGAUGUGAUUAUAGGUCUAGUACAAUCAGCGAUUUAGCGCUGUUUUAACAUGCCACAGGUCACCUAGCAGACUAACGGCAGUCAGGUGUGGAGCACUUUCUCCUCCCUCACUGACAAUGAUGAGAUGUAUUUGAAGACAGCACUGCAUUUUAAAUCCACUCUGCUCACAUUUCACUUACAAUAGCUGAGAAGUACCUAAGCUUGUUUGUUGGAUUGGAUUACACUACCGUCCUGUGUUGUCAUCAUGAUAGUGUAUCCUCUCUCUUUGUACCAGGUGAUAGAUGAUCGAGCAUAACUGAAUAAUAAAAGGUUUUAAUUUUC